CUGGGGACAGGCCGAUAGUCUCGAAAAACAUCGGCCGAAAUGUUGAUAAACUUCUUGUUGAUUUUUUCCCAAACUUCUGCAAACGAACUUAUGCACCAGUCCGUGGAGAGUUUCACGGACGUCGAAAAUGUACCGCUGAGGGUCGUCAAUCUGACCAUACCUUUCAUCUACACCUUUCCGAAGAAAAUCAAAUGCAUUCACGUAAUUAAAAAGGAACAGCUUUUAUUUACUGUUUCAUUCUGCAGAGAUUUUAAACUUUCAGAUGGUCACUGAUAAAUCGACCCUGGCCGAAACGCUGCUUAUUCAGAUAAUGAAAGCUAAUGUCACCCUGUCGUUCAUUCAGGGCAUCAGGAAGGAAACCUUUGAUUGCAACAACUAUCUGAUACUGUCCAAAAAUAUCUCAUCGAUGACAUGGAUUCUACCAAAAGUCCCCAAAUGGUCAAAACACAGAAUCCUUUCCCUCAUAAAUUUAGGAAGUGUCGAUCAACUUGAGACCUUCGUGAAGGCCAAUGCAAGUAUGUUUGGAGAUGCUCAGGCAUUAGUCGUCAUGCUGUCCAAUAUCACCAUCGGCUAUAGAAUUGAGCAGCCUGUAAGAACAUUCAAUAAGUUUUCUAUCGAUACGGGAUUCUGGCCGUUAGACGAGGGUGAAAUUUUCAAUUUCCAAGGGCGUGAGAUAAAAAUCUCAACGUACAACUGUAGUAUAUUUUCACAGUUGGGUCCGAUUGAAGAAGACGGCCGUCCAAGUAAUGACCCGAUCCGACUAAGAACGCACAAUUUUUUUAAAAAUUUAAUCGAACUAUUUUUAGCAUAUUCGGACGGUUAUGAUUACGAACUUUUCAAAGAGAUCGCAACCAGGGUUAACGCGACGCAUAAGGUGAUCCCGAUGGAAGGCAUGGUCAAAUACGGAAUUGAAAAUUCUCAGGGUGAAAUGUUGAAUAAAGUUAUUGACGGCAAUGUGGACAUGGGCUUCUGCGGGUGCCUGAUCGAAUCGAGCAAAGUGCCCAUGAACUUGGAACUUUCUGCACCAGUGCACCUCAUAUGCUUCAUAUUCGCCGUACACCGGCCUCCAGAAGUAAACAACAGCAUAUUGGCGAUAUUCAGGCCAUUCGCUUUAGACACUUGGUUCACUCUUUUCACAACUGUGGUUUCAAUGUCUGUACUCUUACUCCUUUUAGCUAGAUUAUUGAUGAGAGUUAAAAAAUUUGAUACCAAGAAGUACGGACAUUUCGGAAAUAGUUUGCAAAUGCUUUUUGGUAUUCUUGCACUAGGAAGCUGGCCCAAAAUGGGGGUUAAAUUGGGACCUAUUAGGCACAUUAUAGCAUGGUGGGUUUUAUUUGCGUUAUUGUUAACUAAUAGCUAUACGAGCAUCCUUGUCUCUGUCCUAGCUACCGUAAAACAUAGAACCAAAUAUAACUACAUUAACGAGUUUCUCAACCACGGCUAUUUCUGGCCAGUUACGAAAGCACCUUAUGAAGGAAUUUUCGACAUGGAGCAGGUUAAAUUCAAAAAGUGGUUUGAACGGGUGAAAAUUGUCAACGGUAGCGAUUUAAACAAAAUACUAAAAGAGGAUCGAAAAUCGGUUAUUUUGACACAACAAAUUUCUCGAAUCAACGUAGCUUUCGGUGAAAACAUCGACGGGGAAGUCCUGCAGCAAUUCGAGACCGUGAACCACUGCCUGACGUCGAACUUCGAAGGAUUUUUGUACCGGGUCGGCUCCCCUUUUAACCGGCCUUUCAACCAUUACAUCAGAAAACUCACUGAGGCGGGUAUCACGAGAAAGAAAUUCGACAGGGUGAUUCGUCGGCUUUUUCAAAAUCGAAGGUCGCUGUACCAACUCAAGAAAAAGAGAAGCACUACGCAGAAGGCGAAAAAACUAAAAAUGGAAAAUCUCAACGGAAUAUUUGACUUUUUGAUCCUUGGACUGAUGAUUUCAAUCUUAGUCUUCGUCGGAGAAAUGGUUAACGCCAAAAUAAAGGCAAAUAUGAACCCUUCCUGUUUGUUUAUUUGGUCUAGCAUAUUUUCAAUAAUACCGCUUCAAAGUGUUGCAAAUAAGGCUUUAUUAAACAAAAUGAACGAAUAUGACAUUUAUUUAUCGGAAGAUUCAUUGUCGAGUAAAAUAGAAGAGCUUUUUGCUUAUGUUAUGCCCGAUAUUCGCUGCUGCUACCUUUACCACGACGACAGCCUUUACACCAAACGUCUCAUUCACGAGGUCUUCCUGGCUCAAAAAACCCCACCUGUCAUCCUUAUGGAUGCGAACAUCGACAACACGCAGUACAGUACUAACUGCAAUGGUUUCGUCAUUUUGAGCGCGUUAGUCCAAAACGUUCCCAAAAUGAUCGAGCAACUUCCUAAAUGGGCGGACCACAGGAUCCUGGUCAUAACUGAGAUGAAAAGCAAAUUUUUCUUUAACAAACUACUGAAUGAACAAAUGCCGUUGUUCGGCAAUGCAGAAACGUUCGUCUAUGCUACGAACGACCGCGACAAAGGAUAUAAACUAGGCCAGCCGAUUCGAAAAUUUGAACUCGUCAAAAAUAUCACCGCUCCUUGGAAAUUUCACGAACGCGGCUUUGACGAUUUUCAAGGCAGACAAAUGGACGUAAUGACAUCAAAUUGCUCUGUUUUCUCUUGGUUGAAAUGGCCCAUUACAGACGUACAUAAUAUCAGCCAUUUUAAUGGUGUAGAAAUGAGAUUGCUCCGGAUAAUCGCGAGACGCCUAAACAUAACGAUCAACUUCCACUUACCGCCUGACAACGCAUCCGAAAUCGUUUUGUUUUCCUUGGACAAGUGGUACAGGACCCCGUUGUCCAAAUCGAAUAUCGACAUGGCUUUCUGCGGCAUUCGAGUCUCCGCGAGCAAAUAUAAAUUUCACAUACAAAUGUCAACUCCUCUGUACCAGCUCUGCUUCAAAUUCCUAAUACCGAGGCCGAAGAUGCUCGCUUCGGAAUGGUACGGUAUAUUUUUGCCGUUUUCCGAGGACGUGUGGUACGCGACUGGUGCUUUACUAGGUGUAACUUCAGUCAUACUUCAGCGAGUGUCGAUUUUAACGCACAAAUUCGUCCAAAGCAAAGUUUCAAAGUAUAAAGGCAUAGGGCAAAGCUUAUUUCAGUUGAUCUCGAUUCUAGUAUUGAGCAGUGUACCUGCUUCCAACGCAAACCAAGGCGCCACGAGGCACAUUCUAACAUGGUUCGCUCUGAUCAGCGUGCUCCUUACAACAUGCUUUUCCAGCAGUCUCGUCUCGUUUCUGUCUACUACUAGAUAUUCAAAAAAGCCUCAAACAAUAAAAGAGUUUAUCCAAAAGGAUUAUCGUUGGACUUACACAAAGCAACCUGACUUCAAGGAACUUUUGGACCUGACUAAUAAUUUCUGGCAUUAUCGGUGGAGGUACAGGUCGUACAGAGCUGCUUCGACGGAGGCUUUACACAGAGCUCUUAAAGAUAGGAAGCACGUCCUUUACGGUGCAAAGUUACAGGACGGUUUCUUCCUACCCAAAGAGUCGGUAUUUUCUUCCAGAUCGCUCGAUGAUUUCGAAGCUACGAGAGGUUGUAUCAUCGAGGCUUUCGACGGAUUCGCUUUCCAGAUGGGCAACCCUUUUAUCAGAUCGUUCAACGUAUUCAUCCAACAGCUGAAAGAGACGGGGAUCGCGCACAAAGUGGCCUGGAAAGUUGAAAUUGAAAGAGCCGAGAAACUUCAAUUCACAAGAUCCGUCUUGAGCAGGACCAAGCCUAAAAUCACACCUGCUAGAGGCCUCAAGAUCGAAAAUCUAUCAGGCAUCUUCCAAGUUUGGGCCUUAGGCUUGGGACUAGCUAUUAUAAUAUUUUUCUUAGAAACAUUGCAACGUUUUCAUAUUUAGUUAUUACAUUUAUAAUCAGUCUAUUGAAGUACAGAAUUGAAUAACACCAAACCAAGGAAUUGAACAUGUUUUCAAAAAUCUAAUUACUAGUACUUACUGUUCAUAUUAUCAACAAAAAAAUUCCCUUUUUAUUGUUUGAAAUUCAAAAUUUUUCCAAAUACUUUUAUUUAUUAUAAACUAAUGUCAACACACCCUUCCUGUCUUGAGCUGAGGUAGUGCUUUCCCUGAAGUGGCUCAAGCCUCCUGGCAACCGAGAUUUAUUUGGAAGCAACUUACUUUUCAUCCUCCAAGGUUGGAGUCUCACAGGGAGUAUCCUUGGUCCCAUCCAGUUUUCAACAUAUACGGCAGAACUCCGUCAUGAAUAGUCUACCUACCCAUUUAUUCACACUUUUGUAGAUGAUACUGUUAUCCUAUUCCCGUCCUCUCAUCGCUCCCUAGAGGCUCACCUUACUUUUCGGACCUUGGCCACAAACAACUUUUUUGUCAUUCUUUCCGAUCUUCUGCCUUUCUCCUCCACUGCCGUACGCUUCUGUUGUUCUUUACAUUUGUCAACCACUGUAACCUUAAUCACCCUCUAGAAUGCUCUUCCUCGCUUUACGACAACGGAGAAGGUCUGUCGACUUCCAUCCUACAAAGGUGACCCAACAGAGAAGUCUACCCUUUUUUAUAGUUAUUAUUAGAUCUUCAUUCUUGUUCAACUACUUCAAUUCUGCGCUGUAUGGGGGCCUGUAAUCCCGUUUUUCACCGCUCAAAACUUACACACAGCACCUUUUUCUCCAUGCAGUUACUUUGUUUUCUUCUGCUACGGUGAGUGACCAGGUAGCGGAUCUGUAUGUGACUCCUGCCAUAAGGAUCGUCAUAUAAAUGGCGAUAUUGGCUGUUUUAGACAAUUUAUUUCGGAAUGUCUUCAUUAAAGCUCCUAAGAAUUUAUUUCCUGCGGCUAACCUACUGCUUAUAUCGUGUACCACCUCAUUUUUUAAGGUUAGGACAGUCACACCUUCAAACCAGUGUUCAUUCACGUUACGUUCCUCGUGGUCACCUUGAAUUUAGUUUUUCUUCACUAAUGUUUAGGGCAAAUGACACCGCUCCAUCCUCGAAAUCUGCUUUCAACACAGAGACCGAGCCACAAUGACUGAGUCAUCCAGAGGUAUUCCUCCUCCUAUCCAGGGAGUUAGCUCUAGCACUAAAUUGAAGAGGAUUGGAAAAGAUCUAUAUCCUUGUCUUAAAGCCAAUGUUUAUUAAAAACUCUGAGGGUCCUCCACUUAAGCAUUUUUUGGCAAUUUUGGCUUCCGUAUUCUGGAGGGUCAUUUUAAUCAGACUGAUCACCUUCGCACAGAUCAGUUUUAGUUCCUUAAUGAGCUCUAGCCGCGAUUUUAGGACAGGCUCACCUUUUCAAACUAGAACCUUGACUGGAGGUAGUAACUGAAUUGAAUAUGCAAAACUACUUAAAAGACCUUAUUUUCUCUAACCAUCGUCGUCGUCGUUAGAGCCUGUCGACCUAACUGUCGUCAUUUUUAGAAUCCUUUGACAACCUUUCCUCCUCUACGGCCAGCCCGGGGGCUCCUACAGUUAACUAUCUAUCACCUGUAAUUUGGCCUAUACAUCGACCAAAUCUUCUGGCCAUGAUCUGAAAAAAAAUUUCAGGUCAAAUUGCUACCCAAAAAAAUUCAAAGCAGGUAUUUUAAUGUUAUUUAAU